GCUGUGCCAUCCAUAACCACACAUCCACCUUCAGAUGUUGAUGUCAUUAAUUCUGAUUCUACAUUGCCGACAAGUCUUAAAUGUAUAGACAAGGCAAAGCCAGGAUCUUCUUACAAAUGGUAUUUAAAUAACAGUGAAAUAACAAGUAAUCAUGCUGUUUAUGCAUUCAAUGACUCUCCAUCAAUAUCUGGAAAAUGGACAACAACAACUAGUUCACUGAAAUGGAAAGAUGGUUCAACAGAAGCUGAAAGGAGAGGAGGAUCUGGGAAUAUUAAAUGCACAGCAACUAAUGAUGCUGGAUCAGCUGAUAAAACUGCCAAUGUCAAUGUACAGUGUAA